AUGCCAGAGCAGUGGCCCUCCGAAUUCAUCUGCCCUGUUUGUACAAACUAUUAAGUGUCAGGAAACUUACUAACGCCCUUGUGUGGUCAUGGCGAUUGAUUUGUCGAGCUUCUCAAGUUUUACUUCGAAAAUAGUAGUUGUCUUCCCCAGAGGAUAGAAAAUGUAGAAGCGCUCUACAUAAAAUCUUGAAGUUUCCUCUUGUUUACUUUCCAUUCCAUCAUGACGAAGGCAAUCGUUAAUGUUCUCAGGUAAAAAUCCUCUCGACAAGGCAGUGUAUGUAAGAUGUUGCGGGGCAGUCACAUGCGAGCAUUGCAUUAACGAGAACGAGGAAGGCGAAUGUCCAUUAUGCGAAGACAUCUGGGAAGGAACACUUCCGGACCAGCUGAUGAGGGCAGUGGUACUUACUUGUUUUUACAGAAUGAGAUUUUCUGCUAGAUGAUUUGGAGCACCUUUGCUGCGUACAUACAGACCCCCUAACGUAGGCAUGAAGUGAAAAUGGUUCUUUCGCUGAGAACAAACUAUUUUUGUGUCCCAGCCGAUUGAUAGUCCUCAGUUACGAACCAAGAUUUGUUUCACGUCAAAAGUUAAUAGUAUCUGAAAACUGGUUACAGACUCGCGUAUGAUUGCUCUCGGGCUAUUUCGUAGCCGUACGAGAAAAUUGAAUACAAAGUUCGAAUUUCGAAAAAACAGCUCUUGUCGAUUCAGCGUGAUUGGUUUUACCUCGAGCAAGACGGACCGCCGCUGAUGAAGGAACUGACUAUGAGUCCUAUAGACGAGGAAGAGGAUGCUUCUCCUUUGAAAGCACUACCAGCACCACCACUAGCAGACUUACCGCUGGAGAAAAUCGCCGGAGAUGAUGCGGACGAAAAUUCCGGUGCGGACGCAGGAGGUUCUUCAGAGAGCCCCGAAGCUGGAGCCGGAGGCUUACUUGGAAUUCCUGACCCUAUCAGUGGUUUCAGCCCAGAAAAUCGGACUGGGCCUGGAAUAAAUACGGCGAGACUUCUUGGAGGGAUUAAAGACGACUCUGGGGUUACUUCGCCAGAGCAGCCGAGAGUAAAGGCAGCACCGCCAAAGACGCAGUUUCUGUCUGCUUCGGCAGCCUUGGCAGCGCGCUAUGCCGCUGAGAAUGCGAAAAAGAAGAUGAAAAAGAAGCAGCUUAAAGCAAAUGCGUCGACUGCGUCGACUACGGCACAACAAGGUGGAACGACUAGCGCUUCCACAGCGAACACAGAAAAUGUUGCUGGAAUCGGCGAUGAGAUUGCGACGACGGAACCAAAGCGACCAGAGAACCAAGAGGCUUUUCCCCUCAUCGACGAGACUGCUAGCACAGAAGCCUCAAAAGCAGUCAAAGCCGGAGAAACUGAUGUCAGCCCUCAAAACUCAGCAGAAAAAACUACCGUGCAAAACGCUGCGAGUAGUACUAGUGCUGUGCCAAUGCAUCAGCAGAGUGCACCAUUAGUUGAUAAAAAUGAUCCUCCUGUUGCGGCUGCGUCAUCAAGCAGUUCCAUAGCAGUUCCGAAAAUACAAGUUGUGGGUAGCGUCGUCGGUGCAGCUACUGCGCUUGGGAAAACGCCGUCCCCGGUUUCCAGUCCACCACCAGUCAUCAUUCCUGGCGCCUGUGUCGUUCCAGUAGCAUCGCUGGUAGGCUUCAGCCCAGCGGCAGCAUCGUCGAGUACGAGCAGUGCUGCUGACAACAGUGCUGUGGCUUCAGUCACGAAGGCUAUCCCACUUGUUCUAGGAGGAGUCAGCACAUGCACUAGUAUAACAGCUGGCGGCGCUAGUAUUUCUUCUGCUAAAACACUGUCAGGCCCCUCCAAGAUGAACAAGGAUCCGUCCGCGAAGUCUGCCGAAGGUACGGCUGGAGUAGUUGUGGCAGGUAAUACUUCUAGCGCAAGCAGUAGUUCCGGAAGCCAUGCUGCGAUUGCGACCAGAAGUGCCAGCUCUAUACCAACGACAGCGGCAACAUCUUCAUCGUCAUCAACUGGAGCAGCAACCAGAGGAGCAGUAAUCGCUGACAGCGGUGCAGGAGCGGCAUCAAGUUCAAAUGCGGUGACAUCAUCAUCAGCCCCAGGAGACCAAGGAGCAGCCAAGAAGAAGAGUAGUAAAAUUCAAAUAAUUGACGGCGUGGAGUACCUGAAAACCAAGUCCGGACUGGUUCCACGAUCUGUGUAUGAGCAGGCGUGGGCAAAGCACGGCGGGCCACCUAAGAAGAAGCAAAAACGCGGAGAGCAGGAUGGGCCACCCGUCGAGCGGAAGUGAGUUUUCGUCUAGCACGUCCUCAUCCUCAACAUGAACAACACACCCUGCACAACCUAGAGGCACUAAGCGCCCCUUCUUCCACGGUGCUUUCUCUUUGCCUGCUUAAGCUCUACCCUGCAUGAAAAAUUAAGGUCGUCUUGUAUGAAACAAUUGUCAGUGUCCUCUCAUCAUGCCAGAAGGUGGCUUGGGCGCUCUUUUCCCCCUUCUUUUUCAUUACCCCUGCAUGCGACUAGACUACACACAACUAAUGGCACUUUUGGGUAUUUUCGCUCUUUUCCUCUACAGAGCGCAAAAUCUUUCACCGCAAUCACAGUAACGAAAUACUCCUCAGACGGAUCGUCUGCAUCCGUCUUAGCACCCUCCUCUCUCAUGCAUACUCAAUUCAACAUCCACAUGACACAAAUUCAUCGCUUCGCAGAAAAUUCACAGGAUGUACAUACUUAUUUUCUCAGUGCCUCAAGACGGUCGCGGCAGUGGUGAACCUUGGCUUUUUAAUUUCUAUUUUGACUCUCUUAGCUUUUGCUUUUCGAGGGAUUUACUGGUAAGAGCGCGAUUGAAGAAAGUGCAAACAUGGAG